AUGUUUUGCAGGUGUCUUGGAUUUGUCCUUCUCUUGUCUUUUCCUGGACUACUACAUGGCCAAACCCGAGCAGAGUCGUGUGCUGCUCCCCAGCUGGAUGGAGGUUUUUUAGUGCCUGAACAAGACAGCUAUUUGCAUGAAAGCAGCCUUGCAUACGCUUGCAACGCUGGACAGAAACCAGCAGUGGAGGGUUGGUGGGCCACCAGUGUAUGCCUGAAUGGGUUAUGGUCUCAUACACCGCAAUGUAUUGAUGAAAACGCCUGCUUUACACCAGAUGUUCCUCAUGGCAAAUAUGGUGAAAGUCCUGAAGGCUUGUGGUACAAGGAAGGAUCAGUCAUUCGAAUCAAGUGUGAUGAAGGAUACAAACAUAAAACCUGGGGAGCAACAGCUACAUGUAGAAAGGGAGCAUGGUCUUCUUUGCCAGUUUGUGAGCGAAGUGAAACGUCUUGUAAUGAGCCACCUAACAUCCCACAUGGUGUGGUCCUUCACAAAUAUCAACACAUAUUUGAAGCAGACUCUGAGAUCCACUAUGGAUGUGAGGACGGAUACAGUGUCGAGGGAACAAAUGCCAGAAAGUCAAUUUCAUGUGUCGCUGGAAUGUGGACAGAAGUGCCAAGCUGCAAGAAGUACAAACCCUUCACGCUGAUGGUGACGCACAGCUCAGCGGACAUGUCACUGGGGGAAUUUAAAGCCAAGCUGCGCAACUUCGAGGCCGCAGAGGACUCAGAUGCAGUUGCUGUGGAGGCAGAGGAGAGGGUGCUGAAGGCCAGAGCAGCGCAAAAGAAGAAAACCGGAACGUUGACAGAUCUGACGUAUGGCGACAACGUCGUUGGCGGCGGAAGCGGACAGCAGACGCAACAGGAUGACGUUCUGAAGGCAACGGGAGGAGAUUUCUCCUUCAGAGCAUUGCCGGAGGAUGCCAGCCAGUCAGCACAAGAAUUCCAGAGGACAGGACUGGUUGUGGACACAGGUGUGUUGUCACACAUUAUGAACAACAGGAAUCAAUUCAAGAACUUUAACAGCAACUUCAAGCCGGAGAGACACAGCAUAGAGCUAGCGGAUGGGAAGCGUACUUUCGGGCUGGCUCAAGGAAGAGGAGAUACUCAGAACUGUUCUCGGUAA